AUGUCCGAACCGAAUCCUGCUCCAACAAUUGUAGGCAAACAACUAAUAUUGGACGGGUAUAUUUAUUAUAAAAAUAAAAUUAACAAAAAUCGGUAUCAUUGGGAAUGUCGAAAAUUGAGGUUGAAAGAAUGUACAGCGCGUGCUAUCAGGACUUACGAGGGAGGAAAAAUAGUUGUUAUCAAAGGUCCUGAAAAAUCUCCUCAUUCUCAUCCACCAAAUCGUGAAGAGGCAGAAGCGGAAACUUUGAAAACUGCAAUCAAAAGGCAUGCUGAAGUUCAUCCGGAAGUUCCACCUGCACAAAUAAUUCGACGGGAAUUGGCUGGUGUUUCUUCUGGAAUCCUAAGCCAAUUAACUGAACGGGAAAAUCUUAAAAAGUCAAUGUGCCGACAACGCCAACGGAAUAUGCCACCUAACCCUACUUCAAUGGAUGAUUUAGAAGAAAUUCCUGAGAGAUUUCGCACGACCUUGUCAGAGCUUCUCGCUGCAAGUCCUAUCUGGUUUUUAGAUGGCACUUUUAAGGUUUGCCCACGAAUUUUCACUCAAGUUUUUACAAUUUUGGGUGUAAUUGAGAAAAAUCGACUUCCCGGAGAAGAACCUCAUGUCAUACCUAUUUCUUUUGUUUACGCACUUUUAUCGUCUAAAUCAACAAAUGAAUACGAACUCGUCUUACGAGCUGUUCUAUCCGCAUAUCAAAGAUAUUCUAUACCAUGUAUGCCGCACAAAAUUAUGAUGGACUUCGAGAAAGCAAUUAUUAAUGCUUGUGAAAAUGUUUUUCCUGGUGUACCUAUGUCACUUUGCUUUUUUCAUCUCGGACAAUCUCUUUAUCGAAAAAUUCCAAAUGAAGGACUACAAAAAAGAUACAAUGAUGCCACAGAUCGCGAAUUGAAAAUUUUUACCCACAUGAUUUUAGCACUAGCAUUUAUACCACCUACUGAUGUUGAAAAUGCAUUUCGACUUCUUUCUGAUGAAGUACCGGAGGAUUUAUUGCCCAUUAUUGAUUAUUUUGAGGAAUACUACAUUGUUGGACGUCGCGCAAGAGGUCGUCGUACGGCUGUGCCUCCUCGUUAUCCUGUACCUUUAUGGAAUCAAUUCCAAGCGACUUUGAACGGCAGUCACAAAACGAAUAAUAUAAGUGAAGGCGGGCACAAUCAAUUACACUGGAGUCUCCCAAGAGAGGACUUCUGA